AUGGAAGAUGAAGUUAACAAAUCAGAGAAAAGUGGUGAGAAACAAAAAUUAGAGACGAAAAUUGAGAAGGCGCAAUUGUAUUUGGAUAAAGUCAAAAUUCCCCAAAAUCGCAAUUUUAUUGAGUUAGACCAACCAAAAAAGCCCAUUACUUUAGACGUUAUCCAAGAGUUAAACAAAAAGUUGGAACUAACGCCCGAAGAUAAUUUUUAUGUGGCCGAGGAAGUAUUAGCCAGAAAGGAUGAGGAGGGAGUGAUUACUAUUGAGAACGAGUCCGAAAUAUUCCUCCAAAGACAUUUAAUUAAAACUGAAACCGUUGUUGGAAGUUUAAGUGGAGGGGCCACUGGUUUGGUAAGUGGGGUCGUUGCUGAUAAAAUAUUAAAUUCAGAAACAGUCAAAAUAAAAAGUGAAGUCAAAGGUUGCUUGGAGGAUUACAAAAUUAUAAUGGAAGAAAAGUCUUGUAGUUGUCAAGCCAUAAUUGAUAAUGAGGCGUCCACGUCAGGGGAAAAAGAAAAAUCCCAGGCACAAAAAGAAAGUUAUGAUAAUGAAGUUAGAGAAAUAGAGGCUUAUAUAGAGAAUAACUUAAAAUAA